AUGAAUGCGUACUCACACACGGAUCUCAACGGAAUCUGCCCCACUCUCUCAUCACACACAUUGAUUGAAGGGUCUGUCAGACAACCGCGUGACCAUCCCAAGGCCAAACUGGCUAGGAACGAUCCUCUACAGCCAAGAUGCCAUGACAUCAAGCCGUUAAUCACGCUCAGAUCGCACGGUCAGAAUUCAUCCACCAGACAUUGGUUCCUGUCUCCUUUGAUCUCAAGGAUACAGAGAGUUAAUACCCUUUUCCUCGAUAAGUAUCACGUUUUGCAACCUGCUUUGUCCAAAAGGGUCUCCGAAUUCGCCCAUGCCUCUCUAAUUCGGACCCUAGACACCCUUCAAGUCUUCGCCUUUUCUUCUUCGCUUUCCCGUUUGGAUACUCAGUUUCUUAAAUCACUGCAACUGAGAGAGCUUUUUGAGAACUCCUGCGUCGACGACAUGUACGUGGUGCCUCCGCCGCAGCGCUCCUAUCGGGUUCAGGAUCCCCACCUCCUUCUGUUCCCUCCCAACCAACUUCUCAUGCCUAGUCCCCGACCCGACCCGCUGAACUCGCCGGAAACUUUGUCCAAAAGGGUCUCCGAAUUCGCCCAUACCUCUUCAAUUCGGACCCUAGAGACCCUUCAAAGCUUUUUUGAGAACUCCUGCCUCGACGACAUGUACGUGGUGCCUCCGCCGCAACGCUCCGAUCCGGGGUCAGGAUCCGGUGAUUUGCGGGUCUACCAAGCUUGGAAGGGUAGCAAUAAAUUUUUUCUUCAAGGAAGGUUCAUAUUUGGACCAGAUGUGAGAUCACUGGGGCUGACAAUCUUUCUUAUUGUUGCUCCUGUCACAGUUUUCUGUGUCUUUGUUGCCAGAAAACUGAUGGAUUCUUUUUCUGACCACUGGGGGAUAUCCAUAAUGGCUGUUGCUGUUGUGUUCACAGUUUAUGUCUUGGUUCUUCUUUUGUUAACAUCUGGCCGAGAUCCAGGCAUAAUUCCACGCAACGCACAUCCGCCAGAGCCAGAAGGUUUGGAUAGUAAUUUGGAUGUUGGUGCUGGACAGACUCCUCAGUUGCGGUUGCCUCGGUUUAAGGAGGUUGAAGUCAAUGGCAUUCCAAUUAAGGUCAAGUAUUGUGAUACUUGCAUGCUUUACAGGCCUCCUCGAUGCUCACAUUGCUCAAUAUGUAAUAAUUGUGUGGAGCGAUUUGAUCAUCACUGUCCUUGGGUUGGACAGUGUAUUGGGCUGCGUAAUUAUCGGUUCUUCUUCAUGUUUGUCUUCUCAACUACGCUACUUUGUAUUUAUGUUUUUGCGUUUUGCUGGGUCUAUAUUGUAAGAAUUAUGGCGGCAGAAGAGACAACAAUUUGGAAGGCAAUGAUAAAAACUCCAGCGUCCAUAGUCUUAAUAGUUUACACCUUUAUAUCAAUGUGGUUUGUAGGAGGCCUCACUGCCUUCCAUUUAUAUUUGAUAAGUACCAAUCAGACUACUUAUGAAAACUUCAGAUACCGAUAUGACCGGCGAGCCAAUCCAUAUAACAAAGGAGUGUUGAAUAAUUUCAAGGAGAUAUUCUGCAUCAGCAUUCCCCCAUCGAAGAACAAUUUCAGAGCAACAGUGCCAAAAGAACCAGCAUUACCUACUCGAUCAGUGGGUGGAGGGUAUAUGAACCAAAACAUAGGGAAAGCUGGGGAGGACAUAGAGAUGGGAAGGAAAACAGUAUGGGACAUGGGUGCUGGAAUUGAUGAUUCUGACGCUCAAUUAAACAACGAUCGUGUUGCAGUAAAGGAUGGUGAAUUGUCUCCUGAAAUCAGGACGACAGUAGAUGACACAGACCGGGCUGCAAUGCAUCCUAGGCGAUCUAGCUGGGGAAGAAAAAGUGGAAGCUGGGAAAUGUCCCCUGAAGUUUUGGGUUUGGCAGCCAGGGUGGGGGAACCAAACCGUGUCACGGGGGACAGCAGUAGUAGCUUGACACAUGAUAAUCGUCGUGUGUAG